UAUAAGUGGAGAGAAACUGCGGGGCACGACAGAGCGAACGCCAGCGGCGUUAGUGCAAUACGCCUUGCCGAUAGUCGGAGCACGCGCGGAUAAAGACGCGAGAUACCUGCCUACCUGUUGUGCCGCGACCUAACCGGAUCUUUCGCUCGCUCGGUGUGCGGGAAAGCGCGCGACUCCACUUUUUCCCGCAGAUCUUCCUUCUCGCUGAGGCCCGUCGGAGGUCCGAAGGAAGCGACUGAACGAGAAUGGCGAGGAAAAUCGGCCACGUCGUACUGAUUGGCGCACUGUUGAUCAGCGCUUUUCAUGGGACAUGCGCCGUAGAUUGGGAUGAUUGGUCGAGAGAUUUGACACGUAUGACUGAAAACAUCGGCGCUGAGGUAGAAAGUUACACUCGGAAUCUGGGAGCUAACAUACAACGCACUGUACAGAACUCAUUGCGCACUUCAUUGGAACCUGCGCUUGCAGAGGCCAGGAGAACUCUGCAGAAUCUGCCGAGAGAUGCAAACGGCCAGAUAAUAAGUAACACUGGCAGUAGGAUAAUAAUUAAUAGUGGAAACGGCGUGUCAAGGUCGAUCGUGUCCGGUCACACACCGGACGGGGAAUCGUAUGUGCGGGACGUCGAGGAACGAUACGAGGGAAAUAUGCUUUAUCACAAUGAAACCAAUUAUAAUCCGAAAACCAAAACCAAGGUGAGGAUUUGCUGGAAACUGGACCUCACGAAAUCAAGUGCCUCGCCUGAAACCAUUCAGGACUGUUGAAAUGACGUACUUACAUACUAUUAUUACACUUCAUAUUGUGUAUAAAUAAUCAUAUGAAGAACUCUUUUGUCUUAAGUUAUCGAGGAAAAUUCGGGAAUAAAACAACGAGACAAAAGACGAAAUUAAAUCUACGCUAAUCACUCUA